UGAACCUGGCAACCCUGCUCCCGACCACAGGCGGCCCGCUUCGACUUAAACACAUUUCACACAUCCUCUGCUGGAAAGAGCACGUUUGAUACCGAGAGAAAUGAAUAGGUUUUAGGUCGUUUGCCCUAUAAUGUGAGGGGUAUGGCCGGGACAAGCUUUGACUGGGUGGAGAUUCUGGAACCACGCUCCCGGGAGCACAUGUAUGUGAAUCUGGCAACAGGAGAGUGUGGCUGGGAACCCCCUGCAGAUGCUCCUGUUCGCCAGGCCGAUGGCAAUCAGUGGUGGGAACUCUUUGACAGCAACAGUGGCAGAUUCUACUACUACAACUCUACUGGUCGUCUGACUGUUUGGCACCGGCCACAAGGAGCUGAUAUUGUGCCCCUCUCCCAGCUUCAGGCCUUUAAGCGCUGUGCCGAAUCUGAAUGCAAGGCAGUGUGCGUGAAGGAAAGGCAGUAUGCGAGUGGAAGCACUGGGAGUCAAGGCAGAUGCACCCCACAGCCACCUACAGAGCCCUUCACUAAAGAGCUUAUAGCUACUGAGAAAGAAACCAAAGAACAAAGCACUGAGAAUAUGCAGCAGUGGGAAAACAGCAUGGAUAGUAGCAAGGACUCGCUCAGGGAAGAAAACAGGGACACAGCUCAGAGACGGCAGCCCCCUCUUGGUGCUAAGGCCCCAGUGUUAGUGAAGAUUAACAGUAUUGGCCGAAACCAGACAAAGGGAACAACUGGAUCAGCUUCCCUUCAGCUCCCUAUCAACAAAAUGCACAGUAAAGCCAAUGGUCAUGGUGCCUGCACUUUAAAUCCUGUCAGUGCUAGGUCAGCAGAAAAUUACUUGUUGUGUGCUCAGGCUUACAAAACUACACCUGCUGGCAAGAUGGCCGCUGACACAGGGCAGGCCCACCACCUAAGGAAGGGCAGCAAUUGUAGCUGUCUGGUGACCUCUAAUGACCCGGUUCCACACCAGGCAUCUCUCAGGGUGCAGUCCAGCACUCCAAGGCCAGUUUCUCCUCACUGUGGAGCUACAGCACGCUUGUAUGAUGACCCUCUACCAGAUAGCCCCAUUUAUGACGAGCCUCCUGUCGAUAUGGAAGUGGAGGGUGCUCACCUACAAAACGGCCUGUCCCGCCAUGCUCAUAGCCUACAGACCACUAAGCUCCUUCGACACCCAGGACAGACUCUCCCUGGAUCCAGGCACAAGAGGAAUCCCUCUGCUUCUGAUUACAGCCCUGCUGGCGUGGAGUGCAUCAAGCAUAUGGUAAAUGUUGACCUGAAACAGGCACUUCUGUCCACAUCAACUGCACUCUCACCUGGUCUGUCAGCCUCUUCUGGUCCUGAAUCUGUGCUCCCCCAACAGGCCAGAAAAGAACCAGUAGGCCUAGAAAAGAAGCAGUCAUGGAGGCUUCUGGAAGCGGGUGUUCUUAGAGCUAUGGAGGUGCAUCACAGCAGGCAAAGCAGUCAGGUCUCCCCGGACUAUUCCACUCCACCACCUCCCACAGGAACCUAUCAAGACUCAGGCUAUUCCACUGGGCCAUCCCCAAGUCUGCACAGAAAGAGCAGGAGGAGGAUGGGUGCUGGGAUCCAGAUACGCCCAGGCUCUGUGGGCAGCACAGGAGAGCUCACUGCCCUAAACGAACGCCUAAUGGCUGAGAUGAGGGAGGUAGUAAGCCGCUCCAACACUAUGCGCGAGACCAAGGAGAGUCUGGAUUUGGAGAUGUUGGAGGGCUGCUCAGUGCAACACUCACAAUCUUCAUUACACUUGCCCAGAAGGUUUGUUGGUGGAAUGAGGUGCUCUUCUAAGGAAGACAUUGUUUCCAGUAGCAGGUCUUUAAGCAGAUCAGGAAAUCAUGCCAGUGUGACCCUCACAACACUGGAGAUUCCUGGCAGGCAGAAAAGGACAUAUGAAAAAGUGGACACCCUGGAGAAGAGUAUUAACAGCCAGGUUAGCCUCCCCUCUCCUGAGACUCCUGGGCCUCCCUCUCAGGCAGGGACGUUGGACUCCAAAACUCAGCUGAAGAGUAGAAACAAAGGCACGGUGGAUGGCCGAACAGCCUCUCUUGGCCCUCCUGGCAGCAUGACAGCGCGAGCUGUAAGCCGACAGAGCUUUCAUCUCUCCUACACCACCCUGCGCCAGCCUCCUGUGCCGGAUACAGGCAUGGCCGACUGGGCCAGUAAGCAUCUGAACCUGCACACACAGGGCCUGUUUCGACGACGCAUCUCAAUUGCCAACAUGCUCUCCUGGAACCGUGGCUCCAUCAAGAAGCCGAUGCUGGUGACCACGGACCGCACUGUGCGGAAGGAGGCCUGUGAGAUGUUCAAGCUGGUCCAGGCCUACAUGGGUGACCGGCCAUCGCGCCUUGACCGCCGCCAUGCAGCCCUCCUGAUCGUCACUAAGUGCUGGGGAAUGCAGGGUCUGCGAGAUGAGUUGUAUGUGCAGCUGGUGAGGCAGACAACAGGGAACACCAACCCCCGCAGCCUGGCUGCAGGAUGGGAGCUGAUGGCUGUCAGCUUGGCCUUCUUUGCUCCCUCACCCAAAUUCUGCUGCUACCUGGAAGGCUACAUCCAGCAACACAUGGACCCAGCCAAUGAUAAGAAACGUGAGUUUCUUGAUCAGCGACAGGUUACUCAGUUCAUACUAGACCAGCAGGACUUCAAGAAGAAGAAGUCCAGAAAGAAGAGAAAACAGAACACAGAAGAGGAAGAGGAUGGUUUCCCCAUCAGUACUUAUGCCAAGUACUGCUACCGUAAACUCAAGAAAGUAGCUGUCACCGGAGGAAAGAAGGGUCUUUGUAAACCCACCCUGGAGGAGGUUGAUCACAGCAGGCGAGCCAUCAUAACUCCCUCCCUGUUUGGUAGCUCUCUGGAGGAGGUGAUGGAGAGACAAAGUGAGCUCUUUCCAGACAGGAAAUUGCCCUGGGUGCAGGUGCAGCUCUCGCAAUAUGUUCUGGCUCUGGGGGGUGCUCAGACAGAGGGCAUAUUUCGGGUUCCUGGAGACAUAGAUGAAGUCAAUGCGUUGAAGUUACAGGUGGAUCAGUGGAGGAUUCCAGAGAACCUCUCAGAUCCCAAUGUUCCUGCCUCACUCAUGAAACUGUGGUAUCGGGAACUGGAGGAGCCGUUGAUCCCAUUGAGUUUCUACAGGCAGUGUGUAAGUAACUGCGACGACCCAGUGGCAGCCAUCAGUGUGGUUCAGUCCCUGCCGGACCUCAACAGACUUGUGCUAUGUUACUUCAUCCACUUCCUUCAGGUGUUUGCCCAGCCUGCAAAUGUAUCAGUUACGAAAAUGGAUGUGAACAACCUUGCCAUGGUAAUGGCUCCCAACUGUCUUCGCUGCCAGUCAGAUGACCCUCGUGUCAUUUUUGAGAACACACGCAAGGAGAUGGCCUUCUUACGCAUGCUUAUUGUUCACCUGGACACAAGCUUCAUUGAGGGCAUUGUGUAAAGUUCCCUAACCAGCUCAGGUAUAAGACUUUGCCACACAGCUGUUGACCAACCAGCCUGUGUCAACACGCUAACUAACUCAAACAUACUCAUUUUGCAAGUCAAAUGCACCGUUGUGGUCAGUGAUAUGCAGACUGAAUACUGAAAUACUCUUGUUAUUCAUGAAGGAUUACACACAAGCCGUUUCGAGUACUAUAUGUUUGUACAGCUACACACAGCAAUAGAAAAUGUCUUUGGUUCAUUUUUGAAAUAAUUCAGGUUUAUAUAAUGAAAAAGAUUAACACAUUAGAUUCAGAUGUAAUGUGCAAGGGUAAAAGCCCGUUUAAAGUCUUUGUGACUAUCCAAAAGAGUGCGUUCAUUUUUGUUGCUAGUUGUGAUUGUCACAGAGUGAGCCAUAGUGACAGUCUGUGAGAGCCUUUUGUAGCUUCUUCUAUUACUGUGGUGUUUUAAAGAAAGAAAUGCAAACUUAAUUACUGUGUACAGACAAAACUGAUGUUAGUGGACAAGUAAUAGUAAAAGCUGAAUUGUAAAAGCUGAAGUGGAGGUUUUUGAUAUUGCCCUUGAAAUGAAAUAAUUUAUUGUAUUUUAAGCAGUAAGAUUUUUUUUACCAUGCUCUCUUAUAUAAUGUUUUUGUAACUUGUAGUAGGCAUUAUUUAAAACACUACUUUGACAAUCAAAUAUGUGAAGUGUGAUAUAAGCUGUAAUAGUGUGGUGUAGUCCAAAGUCUCCAGCUUGCUCGCUGCAUCUGUAAAUAAAAUAAUUUUCAGUGAAUUUAUUAAUUUAAUAUGAAUGAGUUACAAUUGUUAGGCUUGACUUUCAAUCAACGUGAUUGGGUUCUGAUUUAGUGAUCCAUAUGUUAACCAUUGGAAUCUUGAGCUGUCUGAACAAAGUUUUACAUUUCUUACUCUGCUUUUGUCAUUGUAUUGCUGUGUUAUUCAUUGUGACUUAUUUGGUGUAAAUAAAGCAUGUAAAUACUUAAUUUACUGACAAUGCUUUCAAAUAAAACUGUAACAGUAAUAGUAGUGAAAAAAGAAGCUAGUUUUCAUUUUUGUUUGUGAUUGUUCUUUAAAGUUAUAAGCUGCAUAUGUAUGAUUUAAAUACACCUAAAUAAAUGUUGGUCUGUGUAUAUUUUCUGUGUGCUUGUGGAACAACUGUCCAAAUGAGAAAAAACAAGUUUCUUGCCUGAGAAUUCUACCUGAAAUACUUUGUAGUUUGUGCUGCACGUUAUUUAAUGUACACUUUAUGGCUGUUGAAAAAAUAAAGGGCACACACUUUA